GGGCGGAGCUGGCGGGAACGUCACUUCGUCACAUGGACCCUCCCCAAAGGGGGCGGAGCGGGAUGGCGGCGGAGGGCUUGAGUAGCGUUGCUCUGAUCGAGAGGGACCAGAAUGGAGACACCCUGUGGGUUUGGUGUUACCCGUCCGUCACGGUGGAGCUGCGAAAGCUUCUUCUUAGGAAAUGUCGCCUGCAGGAGGAGGAGCGUCCUCUCUACAAUUUCCUGUACGGCCAGCACCGGAGGACCUGGUUCUACAUCACACUCACCCGGGUAGAGGGUGGCUCCUCACUGGACAAGGUGACACAUUUCUGUGUAGUUCUGACAGCGAAGGACUUUAAUCCGGAGAAGUAUGCAGUGUUUGGGCGGAUCCUCAGCCGAAUCUACGAGACGCACGGCAGUCCGGUGCCCAUGGUGGAGGCUUACAUCUCCGUAUUCACCAAGGGGACCUGUCAAAGCGAAGACAAUGGGACCUUCCUGUGCCGCGACUAUGACCAGCGCAAAGCCUUCAUGUCUGGAUCUGUGAAAGAUGUGGUGUUGCAGUUCGGGAUGGAGUCAGUCAUUCUGUACACGGCUCUGAUGCUGAAGAAGCGUAUUGCUGUCUAUCACCCCAAAGCGGAGGUGGUGCUGGAAUUUAGCAGGUCUCUCCCGGCUCUGGUGUGGCAUCGGCAGGACUGGUCAAUUCUCCAGCCUUACGUCCACCUGACCCCAGAUGAGAUUGACGCUCUCAAAUGCGUCUCAGGUUAUAUUGCAGGAUUUCACGAGGCUGAGGUCGGUAACCGCUCAGAUCUGUACGACGUCUUUGUGAAUCUGGCAGAGAACACCGUUUCCAUCUCUCACAGCGCCAAAGAGGCGCUGACAUUGGGCAAAUUACACAAGGAGAUUGGACAGUUAAUGGUGCAGUCUGCAGAGGAUUCGGAUAAAACGGAGAGUCAAGUGAUUAAGGAUAUAUGUGUGAAGACCAGAGAGAUCCUCUCUAUUCUGUCCUCGCUCAGCCAGGAGACGGGAGACCGUGACAGGCCAACUUUAAACCUGGAGCAGCUCAGACAGAAGAAAUUCCCUCCAGCUGCAGAAAAUUUCUUGAUGCAUCUGGCAGCGGCUGAGCAGAUGUUACUGACGUGAUGUAGGGACAGACCUGACGAAGUGCGAUACGGGACCAGUAGCCAUUUUGUGCGUUACCUAGAGGCGCCUGGCGGAGCCGUCCUUCUCUCCAGGAAAUUCCAGAGAGUACUGAAUAUACAGUGGAUCAUUUACCUACCAGGAAGACACGGUUUGUUUGGGCCAGAUAGGAUGCCCAGUGAGUUCUCAUAAUAAAAUGUUUGUAUUCUGAGUA